AAUGUUUAUCCAGUUUCAGUUUAGAUUUAUUUAAAAAUCUACAAACAAUUAUUCAAGAGCUUCAAAAGAGGGAAUGCACACAAGAAUGCUACAUAUGUAAAAUUUAAAUCUUUAUACAUAAUUGCAUUCCUUUUCUGUAUCAAUAACGCAUAAUUAAUAUUCGAGACCCUCUGAUCUCUCUGAUCUCUAAUUAAUGUAGACAGCGGCCAUGUUGGUAUUAAAAAGAACCCCAUCGCGCUUCUCUGGCUUGAGUUCUAUAGUCUCGCUGGAUAAAGUAUAUAACUUUUGUAGAUACAUACAAUUUGCAAAGACUUACUUAUCUUUCAGCCUCAAAACUUAUCGAUAAACUAAUCUCGAUUCGAAAGAAUUGUUUUUGUUCUUUAAACCCCGGAGUAAAUUGCAUACUGGAACAUAAAGUUACGACCAAUCAUAACACAAUACAUUAGAGGUACACAUGAUUGGUUGGUGUUUCUGACACUUUGACGUCUACCUUUAUCGUUGUGCGGGGUCAUAUGAUACUGUCAUUCAGUGGAACAAGAAAGUUGUAAAUUAUUAUCAUAUAUUGUUUCUAACAAAAUUUGUAACGUGCCUUAUAUAUGCACAAUUAAGUCAUAGCAACGUUAACGAAUCUUAAUACAGUUUCAUAUAUUGCGCAACAAUGUCAUUUUUUGGGGUGAAUGUUAAUCCGUUUUCAACACCAGUAGGCCAGAAGAUAGAACAAGCUACAGAUGGUAGUUUGCCAAGUGAGAAUUGGGCACUUAACAUAGAAAUAUGUGAUAUAAUAAAUGAAACAGAGGAUGGGCCAAGAGACGCAAUUAAAGCAAUUAAGCGUAGGCUCAAUCAGGCUGUAGGAAAGAAUUACACUAUAGUCAUGUAUACCCUUACUGUAUUGGAAACAUGUGUAAAAAAUUGUGGGAAACAUUUCCAUGCUCUCGCUUGUUCGCGAGAGUUUGUACAAGAAUUGUUUAAAUUAAUUGGACCAAAAAAUGAACCACCCACAGCAGUACAAGAGAAAGUCUUAAGUUUGAUUCAAUCAUGGGCAGAAACAUUCCGUCACCAACCACAUACUCAAGGUGUUGUUCAAGUUUAUCAAGAACUAAAAUUAAAAGGCAUACAAUUUCCAAUGACUGAUUUAGAUGCCAUGGCACCCAUCAUUACUCCAGAGAGAAGUGUACCUGAAUCAGAACAAAGUAUUAUAAAUGUAUCUGCAACUGAACUGCCAUCGGUAACUCCUUUGGCAACGCAAGUCCAAGUACCUCAAAAUCAAUUGUCAGGACAAGUAACCCAAUUGAAUGAACAACAAUUGGCUAAAUUACAAAGUGAACUUGAUGUUGUACAAGGGAACAUGCGUGUUUUAUCAGAAAUGUUGACAUAUUUUACAAGCCCAGAUCAAAGCAAUAAUCAACAACCAGAAGCAGCAGACCUUGAACUUUUAACCGAACUUCAUUCCACGUGCAAAGCAAUGCAAGAGCGAGUUGUUGAUUUAAUUGGCAAGUUAGCACACGAUGAAAUGACAGCAGAAUUAUUACGUAUCAACGAUGAAUUAAAUAAUUUAUUUCUGCGUUAUUCACGUUAUACGAAAAAUAAAGCAGUAGCUGCAAGCACUAUUUUGGCACAAACAAUUGGUCAUCCACAAAAUGUGGAUUCUACUUCAUCAACUAAUAAACAAGAAGCUGAUUCUCUUAUAGACUUAUCUGAUGAAACUGAUGCUUUGGAAAAGCAAAUGACAGGAAUGGCUGUUUCUGAGAGUGGCGAUAAAAGUAGGACAGGACGAAAGGAAAAGAAGGAAGGCGACAGUGAUGAGUUUGAUAUGUUUGCACAAUCUCGUAACGCGACUUAUGAAACUACAAAGAACAGUGGUAGCAAAUAUGAGGAUAAUUUGGAACAGGUGAGCGGAGGAAGCCUCAGUACAGCGAUACUCAAUCGCAAUAAUCCUAAAACUCCCCAGCAGACUGCUUCUACAGCUGCUUCUACUACUGCUUCUUCUCUAAACCGGGAAUCUGAAUUUAAUGAAAUGGCAGCCUGGUUAGAUCACACGCCAGGAGCACAUGGCGAUCAAGAAUCAUUAACAUCGUCCGAAUUUGAACGUUUCUUAGCAGAAAGAGCUGCUGCUGCUGAAGCUUUACCAACUCUGCCUACAACAACUGCUGCCACUGGAAGUACUACGAAUUCUGGCAAUGCAAACAUUCAACGUCAAAUUAACAAAGAUCAAGACAAAUCUUUAUUUGCUCUUUAAGGAGUGCUUUAACAUUUGAGUUUUUUUACAGAAUGUAGAAAUGAAUGUUGAGUUGAUCGAAUCAUCACAUACCUCUGUCUAAUAAAUAAAUGUUUCUAUUAACACUUGAUAUUAGGAGCAAUGACAAAAUAAAUCAGAAACAAAAGAAAGAAUUAAGGAAGGGAACGUGCUUUGCGCUUACAUGUACUUAAGAAUGUAAUUGAUACCACACGAUCGUAAAUUAUCAUUUCUGUAUGUUGUAAAAAUUAAAUAACAAUGAAUAACUUAUUUUACGAUUAAAAUAACCGUAAUACGCGUAAGCAUUAUGUAAUACUAAAAUAGGAAUACUAAUUUAUGUUAUAUGUAUAUAAAGAACACAUUGUAUUCAAAAUAACAUAUAUAUCACAAUGUGUUAUGUCAUGCCUUGAAGCUAUAUGAAAAGUAUAAUACACUUGCAUUUUUUAAAUUUGCAGAUUCAAAUGCAAAGAAAUGAAUAUUUCAUUAAAUAAUUGACUUCAUCGAACUAUAGAUGGAAGUAUUUUUCUAUGUUAAAUUUAAUUGUGUCCCGAUUAUUCGUUAUUCUAUAUAAAUAUGCUAUGUAAUUACUAUCAUAGUACUUUUGAUUUUUAUAAAAGUAUUAUUAUUAUUAUAGAGUAAUAUAUUAUUAUUAUUAUUAUUAUUACUAGAAGUGUUAUAAUUAUGUACUGAUAUUGCAAAUAAUUAAUAUAUUCUGAAAUUAUAAUAUAGGAAUACGAUUGGUAAUAAGAAAUUUUAUGUUUGUGAUUUUAAGUAUCAUCUUAUUUUUAAAAAUAUGCCCAAUGUCAUAAGAAGCAUCAAUAUUCGUUUCAUAAUUUUUAAAAUGUGAUAAAAAUUUGGAAGAUAGCAAUUAUACAACAUUGUGUUUCAAUAUUUGAUUUUAUAUCACAUUUUUGCUAAAAAUAUAUUACUUUUGCGUACAGUGCAAAAAUCAUCACAGCACUGAACGUAUUCAAUUUUAUUACUGCAGAACAUAUGAAGUCCUGAAUGUUUUUCAUAUAUAUCAGGAUUUUAAAAAAAGCCUAAAUUUCUUUAUGUGAACGGCAUUGAUAGUUUACACGUAUAAGUAAACUGAAUCAAGCUUGUAAAUUAUAUACUUCCAGGGUUAUUAUUCCGUUUCAUAUAAUUAUUUCAUAUUUACACAAAUGAAUUUGUACUUCUAGAAUUACAAGUUUGUUAAAUGGUAUGGAUCAUUUGUUUAUCCAUAACAAAGAUUUCCUAAUAUUCCCAAUGUGUUAAUGAUAAUUUGUUCAUACGAAAAAAUGAAAUUACGAUUCGUAGAGCUAAACAAUAUAACAAAAUAUGUAUUGUGCAAAACAGUAAUACUGCGUUAUCCUUGGGAUUACAAUUAUAUAAAUUAGUACUUGAUAUUAUAUAAUUAUUAAUUUAAAAAAUUUGUAAAUCAAUGAAGAUUGAAAAACCUUUUACUUAUAGUUAAUAUCAAAUUUAUAUUAAUGACAUCUCUACAGUUCGAAUUGUUUUGUUACUUGCUAGUAAAAUACAUUAUCAUGUAUUACAUAAGAAUGUAUGAAAAAAUUUUAUAACAACGAAGAUUCUAUUUUUCUUUGAUAAAAUUAUAAUUUUUGAUUAGCAUUAAAUACACAAUUAUACAAUCUGCUUUAUAACGA